AAACCAUCUCAGAGCAAUGACCACAAUUCGGUGUGAGUGUUCAGAUCGGAAAUUCGUGUGAAGUUUUAUUUUCAAGUAAUUUCCUCUUUUCUAUUUUUGAUCCAGAGUCUAAAAUAUCGCCUUUUUCCGGGUUCUCACUACGAUUUUUUUUGUCGUCGUUUUUUAUUCAGUGAGAGUGGCGGGAAUUCGAGUCAGACUUGAACUUGAUUCUCUGAGCUUUUCAAUUUAAGCGUGACAAAUUUUCAAAGAAUGAAAUACGUGGCUGCUCUUGAUGUUGGUACAACUACUGUGCGUUGUCAUAUUUUGGACGAAAAUGCUGUCACCAUCGUUUCUUCUGCUGAAAAGGUCGAACUUCUGUAUCCAAAGUCUGGUUAUGUUGAAAUUGACCCAGAUGAUCUGUGGACUACUAUAUGCAAAGUAUGCAAAUAUUGUAUACAAGAAAGUGGAAUUGACCCGAAAUUAAUUUCUUGUCUGGGAAUAUCUUCGCAACGUGGUACUUUUCUCACGUGGGAUUUAGAGACAGGAAAGCAUUAUCACAAAUUUAUAACAUGGAAGGAUUUGAGAGCAGACACAAUGGUAAAAGAAUGGAAUUCUUCAUUUACGAUGAAGACUCUUCGAGCAGGAUCAAAUGCUCUUUAUGCUUUUUUCCGAAGCAAAAGAUUUUUAGCCGGAAGUGUCUUAAAACUCAUGAAUACUCAGACAACUCUAAGAUUGUUGUGGGCCGUCCAAAAUGUGCCAGGACUUCAAGAAGCGGCUAUCCGUGGAAAAGCCGUCUAUGGUGGAGUUGAUUGCUGGCUUCUUUACAAAUUAACGGGAAAACAUGUCACGGAUGUUUCGAGUGCCUCUGCUACUGGAUUGUUUGAUCCUUUCACAAUGGAAUGGGCUGGGUGGGCCUUAGGUAUUUUUAAAUUGCCCCGUUCUUUAUUUCCGGAAGUGCGGGACACUGCUGGAAAUUUUGGCACGGUACCCAAAGAUUUAUUCGGAGCUGAAAUUCCCAUUUUUUGUUCAAUGGCGGAUCAAGCUGCUUCUUUAUAUGGAUCAGGGUGUUUUAAACCUGGCGAUUUAAAAGUCACAAUGGGAACAGGUUCGUUUUUAAAUGUGAAUACUGGCCAGGAGCCUCAUGCUUCGGUAACAGGCUUGUAUCCUUUAGUUGGAUGGCGAUUAGGAUCCGAAUUAGUAUACGUCGUCGAAGGUGCUUCAAAUGAUACUGGAUCUCUUAUCGAGUGGGCAAAAUUCCUAGGUAUUAUCAAUCAGUUCUCGGAGACUUCUGAUCUAGCAAACUCAGUAGAAGAUUCAAAUGGGGUUUAUUUCGUUCCAGCUUUUAGUGGAUUGCAAGCACCAAUUAACGAUCCGUUAGCUGCAGCGGGAUUUUUAGGAUUGAAGCCUACUUCAGGAAAAGCACAUCUAACUCGUUCUUUACUGGAAAGUCUUGUAUUCAGGAUACUCCUUCUAUAUAAAGCUUUGCUCAAUGAAACACGAUUUUCAUAUCAAAGGAUAAGGUAA